UUAGGCUCCCAUAAUUUUCACCAGGUGCAGUCAGUCGGGUUGCUUUAUGUUUGACGAUUCUUGUGUCUUUGUGGAAGCGGAAGAGAUCCUCCAGGUACCGGUGAUGUAGCAGUGCUAACACAUCCCAAGACUUAUCUUAUCAUGUAGAAUAAAUUUUCGUUAUGUAGAUACUUAACUUAAGCAGGUGUCUCACUGUUGGAUUCAACUUCUGCAAACUCACAUAAACAUCAUAGAAAUGACCUUGGCACAUUUCGUUAAUAAAAAGUAAAAUUACAAGUCGCCUCAGUUCAUCGUGUUAAGUGGAACGUUGCUCCCACAAUGUCUACGCACAAAAUACCCAACUUGGAAAGCCUGGUCGCUUCGUUCUUGCCUAAAGCUCACUUCAUCGUCGCACAACACCGGAAACUUACCUCUUCGGGUGACAACUACGGCAGUGUUUUACUCUCCGUGGAUAUUUUAGUGAGGAACGAGCACAACCAAGACGAACAUAUCCAUGCAGUUGCCAAAAAGCUUCCCUGCAACGAACUCAUCCAAGAAAUGUUCAAUAGUCAAUGCACUUUCCCGAACGAAGUGGGCUUCUACCAAACUAUAGCACCCUGUUUACGAGAGUUCCAACACGAGAAACGCAUCCCAGAACUAGUAAGCUCUUUCCCCGACUUCUACACAGCUAGAAUAAGCAAGCACCACCACAAAAUCGACGAAAGCUCGGUGCUUUUAAUCAAGAACAUCAAAAAAGACGGCUUCGAAAUUUUGGACAGAACUGUAGGGUUUGAUUUGAAGCAGUGUAAGCUUGUUUUGACGAAAAUGGCUGAGGUUCAUGCAACCGCCGCGGCCCUCAAGCUUCAACAACCAACACUUUUCCAAGAGAAAGUAGUACCGUUUUUUGAAGAGUAUGAAACUUUUGUUAUGGAUGACGAAAGCAAUGAUAAGAUGAUACAAGUUGCUUUGGAUGUGGUGAGGGACGACGUGAUAUGCAAAAGGUACUUACCUCGGUUGGAAGAAAUUAUGAAAGAUAGUUCUGUUAUUAUUCAAAAGAAAAACGAUAAGACAGUACCGGAGAACCACUUUUUUACUUUGGUACAUAGUGAUAUGUGGACCAACAACAUCAUGGUUAAAAUUAUCGACGGGGAAAUUAUGGAUGUCAAGUUUGUGGAUUACCAGCUGUACGAAUACACCUCUUUGACAAGAGAUGUGGUGUUCUUCCUCUACAGUAGCGUCAAAACUGAAGUUCUUAAAGAAGGCUGUGAUUAUCUCUUGCGGUACUACUUCGACAAUUUUAUUGACUGGAUGAAGAAGCUGGACUGUGAUGUCAAGGAUUUUUCGUUUGAGGGUUUUAUUGAAGAUAUGAAAGCGAUGGUGAAGAAGUUUGAAUUUUUUCACGUUAUGACGAUGUUACCGCCGAUUUAUGCUACCUCUAAAGACACCAAAGACGUGGAACAACUGGAUAUGGAUAACCUUAUUUUCGUGGGGAGUCAAGCGACUGAAACCUGUAAGGAAAAAGCUUGCUUCGUUGUCGAAGAUUUUAUACAAAGGGGGUGGCUGCUUUAGAAAAACUUACAAUUUUUAUUUUUGUAUCCUUACUUAAUAAAGCGCAUAUAAAUA